GUGUUUGUUUCUAUUGCGGUGCCUUCAUGUGGCCUAAUGAGAAAUCUGGCAAGAUUGAUUCCACUGGAUCAACGGCUUUUUCAUUGUGUUGUCUAAAGGGAAAAGUUGAUUUACCUUUUCUCCCUAAACCUCCAUCUCUACUUCUUGAUUUACUCACUGACAAAGAUCCUAGAGCUCAGAAUUUCAAGGAGAACAUACGAGCGUAUAACAACAUGUUUGCAUUUACGUCUAUGGGAGGAAAGGUUCUAACAUCCAUUAGUGAUGGGGGGGGACCCCCUCAAUUUGUCUUGAGUGGCCAAAACUAUCACCGAAUCGGUUCUCUUAUCCCCCGUCAAGGGCAACCUCCAAAAUUUGCUCAACUAUACAUUUAUGACACUCAAAAUGAGAAUGCAAAUAGAGUCCAGAAUGUGAGUUCGAAUGGAAAAGGGCAAGGUCUUGAUCUUUCUUUAGUAGAAGACUUGAAACAAAUGAUUGACAAUAACAAUGUUCUGGCCAAAAUCUUUAGGCAGGUUCGCGAACACUUGAACUCUAAUGAUUCUGCUCAAUUAUCCAUCCGUCUUUUCAAAGCUAGAGGGAAAGAUCCAAGAACCUAUAAUAUGCCCUCAACAGAUGAGGUUGCAGCGUUGAUUGUUGGGGACAUUGGCGACUCAGACUUUGGGAGAGAUGUUGUUGUUAAAAUGGACGACGGAUUCCUCACAAAUAUUCAUGAAACCCAUACAGCUUUCAUUCCAUUGCAGUAUCCUAUUUUAUUUCCUUAUGGAGAAGAUGGCUUUCGGGAAGAUAUCCCUAUCAGUGAGAUGUUCAGAAACAUGGGUAGCUACAAGAGAUGGAAAGUUUCUUUGAGGCAAUUCAUUGCUUUUCGUGUUCAAGAAAGAAAUCAUGAGUAUGGAAACAUAGUUUUUGCCAAGAGGUUGUUCCAACAAUUUGUGGUAGACUCAUAUACCAUGAUUGAAGCGAAUAGGUUUUCUUAUAUUCGUUUCAAUCAAAAAGUGAUUAGAGCAGAUUAUUUAAAUGGCGUUGCAGAGGCAAUUGAUAAGGGGGAGACAGACCCGUCAUCAGUAGAAAAGCGCAUUAUAUUGCCUCCUUCCUUUACCGGUGGUCGCCAUUACAUGUUUAACAAUUGUCAGGAUGCAAUGUCAAUAUGCAAAAAAUAUGGAUACCCUGAUCUUUUUAUUACUGCCACGUGUAAUUCCCAAUGGGGGGAGAUUCAGAGGUUUGUUCGUUGUAGGAAAUUGAAAGCAGAAGAUAGGCCUGACAUUUGUGUUAGAGUGUUCAAGAUGAAACUUGAUAAUUUGAUGUCUGAUUUAAGGAAAGGAAAAAUAUUUGGAGCUGUUGAUGCAGGAGUUCCGCUUGACAAUGGGUUUGUUGUCCCUUACAAUCCACGGCUUUUAAUGCGCUACCAGGGUCAUAUAAAUGUUGAGUAUUGCAAUAAAUCAAAUGAAAUUAAAUACCUAUUCAAAUAUAUAAAUAAAGGUAGUGAUCGAGUGAACGUCCAAAUUUCCAAAGCAAAAGAUGGAGAGUCAGACCAAGAUGAAAUUAAACAGUUUUAUGAUUGCAGGUAUCUAACUCCUUGUGAGGCUGCAUGGAGGACAUUCAAAUUUGAUAUCCAUGAUAGAUGGCCGCCUGUAAAGCACUUAACAUUUCAUCUUUCGGGUCAACAAUGCGUUUUGUUCAACGAUGACGACGACUUGGAAGGAGUAGUUGACAAAUGUUCAACUAAGGAUACCCAAUUCUUAGCAUGGAUGAAAGCUAAUAAGAUCUACCCUGAGGGUAGAAGUUUGACUUAUGCGGAAUAUCCUUCUAUGUUUGUUUUUAACAAAGGGUCCCAAGUAUGGCAGCGUAGGAAGAAAGGGUUCUCCCUUGGUCGUCUUCAAUACAUUGCUCCAGGAAUGGGAGAAGUGUACUAUAUGAGGAUAUUAUUAACCAAGCAAAGAGGGUGUGACAGUUUUAAAAGCUUGAGAACUGUGAAAGGGGUUACUUAUCCAACAAUUCAAGAUGCAUGCGAUGCCAUGGGUCUAAUGGAAGAUGAGAGAGAGUAUAUUGAUGGUAUUAUUCACAUAAGUGAGUUUGGUUCAGGAGUCUAUAUGAGGGAUUUAUUUGCUACAUUGUUAUCCUCAAACGCAAUAAGUAAGCCAAGAGAAGUAUGGGAUAAAACAUGGAGGAUUUUAAGUGAUGGGAUUCUAUAUGAAAGAAGAAAGUUGCUUAGAAUGCCAGGUCUUCAAAUAAAUGAUGCAGAUUUGAUGAAUCUAUGUCUAAUUGAGUUAGAGAAGGUGUUACAAGGCAAUGGAAGGUCUCUUAAAGAAUGGCCUAGCUUGCCUUAUCCAUCUUUUAGUGAGACAUUUCGGUUCGAAAACCAAUUUGUUGCAGACGAACUUAAUUACAAGAAGGAGGAAAUGAACAAGACACAUCAAGAAUUGGUUAAAUGUCUAACUUCUGAGCAAAAACAAGUUUAUACAAAGGUAUUAACCGCUGUGGCUUCCAAUAAUGGGGUUUUUUUUUUCCUAUAUGGAUUUGGGGGAUCUGGGAAAACUUUUGUAUGGAAUACUCUGUCUGCUGCGCUGCGGUCUAAAGGAAAAAUCCUUCUGAAUGUUGCGUCAAGUGGGAUUGCUUCCCUAUUAUUACCUGGAGGGAGAACUGCUCACUCAAGAUUUGCUAUUCCUAUUUCAAUUCAUGAAUUAUCCACAUGUAAUGUUCGGCAAGGUUCUCAUAAAGCUGAAUUACUUCAAAAAGCAAGUCUUAUCAUUUGGGAUGAAGCCCCAAUGUUGAAUAAACACUGUUUUGAAGCUUUAGACAGAACUCUUAAUGACAUUAUGAAGACUCAAGGAACCUUUGGCCAUGAUAUUCCUUUUGGUGGAAAAGUUGUGGUUUUGGGCGGAGACUUCAGACAAAUUCUUCCAGUUGUAUUGAAAGGAAGUAGAUCAGACAUUGUUUCUUCUACUGUGAAUUCAUCAUACUUAUGGAAGUACUGUAAAGUUAUGAAGUUAACUACUAACAUGAGAUUACAACAUGCUGCUUCCUCUUCUUCAGCUCAGGAAAUCAAAGAAUUCGCAGAUUGGCUCCUUCAAGUUGGGGAUGGUACAGUUAAGUCUAUUGAUGAUGAUGAUGAUGAUGAUUCAAUGAUAGAGAUUCCCUCUGAUUUGUUAAUAAAGGAGAGUGAAAAACCAUUACUUGAAUUGGUGAAUUUUGCAUAUCCCAAUAUUGUUGCUAAUUUGGAAAAACAUGAAUAUUGGGAACAAAGAGCACUCCUUGCACCUACUCUAGAAAGUGUAGAAGAGGUCAACAACUUCAUGCUAUCUAUGAUUCCUGGGGAGGAAACAGAGUAUUUGAGCUACGAUACUCCAUGUAGAUCUGAUGAAGAUUCUGAUAUUGAUGCUGAAUGGUUUACUUCAGAAUUUUUGAAUGAUGUUAAAUGCUCUGGUAUUCCAAACCACCGGAUUGUUCUAAAAGUUGGGGUCCCUAUCAUGCUCAUCUGUAAUAUGGAUCCAAGUUCUGGAUUGUGUAAUGGGACCAGAUUGUUGGUUACUCACUUGACGCCUUAUAUAAUUGUUGCCACAACUUUAUCAGGAUUUAAAUCAGGUAAACCUGUUUAUAUUCCUAGAUUAAGUCUAACUCCUUCCGACACUGGCCUUCCAUUUAAAUUUCAACGAAGGCAGUUCCCUAUAACUGUGUGUUUUGCAAUGACUAUCAAUAAGAGUCAAGGGCAAUCGUUAUCCCAUGUUGGAUUAUAUCUCCCUAGACCUGUCUUCACACACGGGCGGCUAUAUGUAGCUCUAUCAAGGGUAAAGUCUAGAAAAGGGUUGAAGAUUCUCAUUGGGGAUGACAAAGGUUUAGUUUCAAAUUGCACUCGAAAUGUAGUUUAUGAAGAAGUUUUUCAGAACAUAUGA